UGUGGGUAAUAUAGGCGGCAGGUUUUGACGAGGUAGAAGAACGUGUCUGUCACUCGUCUGUCCACAACUUCAGUUUGAUUUGCGUCAAAUUGAAGCAGAAAAACUCAUUCAAUCAAACUUUAUUGGCACCUUUAAUACAAGCUGAACAUAACUGACAGUGUCUUUGUUAACACACAGGAGGGUAAAUAUCAGGAGACUGAUGACACCAAUGGACACCACCAUUAGAAAGACUUUAAAACGGUGAAUAGACUGAGUUUAUUGAGCCGACCUGCUUCUUAAAGCGCCACAAUGUUUCUAUGUUUAACGUCUGCAGCCGUCACCUGCAGACCGUCUGAUCAGUGGACGAGUUGCUUUUCCUCCGAGUAGAAUAAACAAUAAAGUGAGUGAGAGUAAACGGUGAGCCGCUCAGAGAGGACGGCACAUAAAGAACAUUUAGAAAUACGGAUGAUUUCAGUUCCUCUGCAGAUUUAUCGAGCAGCAGCAUCAACAAAGUUUUCCUUCUGCUUUUUGCUAAAAGAGAAGAAGCAGCGGACGUGACGUGACCUAUAAGGCCUUGAACAUGUACGACCCUCAGCUGUGUUAUGUCCUGGACGGCUUCCUCGGUCUGUACGGCCUCAUCAUCACCGGCAUGUUCAUCAAGGAGAAGUUCUUCAAAACCAAAGCGAAGUCGACGGAGGAGAGUAUCUACACCGAUCUGAAGGGUCAGGACACCGGUGCUUACGCUCCGCUGAUGAGAGACGCUGAGAGAGGAAGAAACCGCCGGCCGGCUGACGAUAACGCCACAUACACGGACUUGAACAAACGUACAGAAAGUAGCUAUAAGGAGCUUCCUGCUAGAAAAGAGCGUCAGAGGAAGAACGAGCAGGUUUACCAGGGUCUCAGCUCGGCCACCAGAGACACCUACGACUCGCUGCAGAUGCAGCCGCUUCCUGCCCGCUAACUUCAGACUCGAAGGAAAACACACAGACGUCUGUUUUGAAGAAAAUAUUUGGCUCAAGUUUUUGUGUUACGAUGACGAGACCGGUAACAGUUCGACCGUCUGUCUAUUGUUUCGUAGAUUUUUGUCUUUGAAGGUUUGUUGAGAUCUGAACGCGGUCUAAUCAAACCGUUGCAUGCUGGGAUUUGUAUUUUAUUGGAUAGUCUGUUUUACUAAGUAGAUUAAUAUUUGGAUGUUUCCACAAGUGAUCAAUAUCACAUCAUAACUCUGACUUUGGAAGAGUUCAUGUCACUGAACAAACAUCUGAGUUUAAAUUUUUGUUAUUUUUAUUCGUCAUCUUUCAAACACAGAAACAAUUUAAAAACAUUUAAAAAUACAGUAAAAAG